AUGAUCAUGAUCGAGAAAAAAUAUCGUUUUGCAGGAGAGGACGUGAUAGAAGUGAAAGAAGUUGCAGCGGACUCUGAGGAGGCUCGGAAGUGGCCUGUGUGGCAAUCACCAGAAAGCAACGACAAAGCCUCACCGAUAGCGGCUGUCGAACCUGCUGCGUCCACGUUCCCUGAAAGUAAUGCAGGUGUGGACACCUCACAACAUCCUGUCGCCCCACCUCCCCCACAGCCACUUGCAGGCAAGAAGCCAGUUCGCCGCAAGCCAAAGGUUCAGCUUGCUGCUCUACCAUCCUCGUCUGCACAGAAGCCGAAGAAGCUAACCACGUUGGAGAAGUCUGCUAUCGACUGGCAGGCGCAUGUUGGUUCCCAGGAGGAUCCUCAGCUACAAGAUGAGCUAGAGGCCAACAGGAGAACAGGUGGAUACCUCGAGAAAAUGCAGUUCCUACAACGUGUAGAAGAUAGAAAAGAUCAGGCGUUCGAUGCGAGCAGGGACAAGAAACGGCGAAGGGGUUGA